AUGAAGAAAAUGGCUAAUAAUAUUCAACCGUUACCUUUCCAGCUGAUUGCUUUGGUCUCCUGCUGCCUGGCAGCCGCCUCCGCGGGCCUCAUCCCUGUGGAGCAGCACGAACAGCAACCCCAGCUGUACCAGGCCCACCAGCCGCAGCAUGUGAUCUACCAGAAGCAGCACGAGAUCCAUCCCCACGGCCAUGAGGUUUACCCCGACGACCCGCAUCCCAAGUACAAUUUUGCCUACGAUGUGCAGGAUGCCCUGUCCGGAGACUCGAAGAGCCAGGUGGAGUCCCGGGAUGGCGAUGUGGUGCAGGGCGAGUACUCGCUGGAUGAUGCCGACGGUUUCCGCCGCACUGUGAAGUACACCGCUGACUCCGUCAACGGAUUCAACGCCGUGGUGCACCGCGAACCUCUGGCCCACGUGCACCACAAGGUGGUGGCUGCUGCUCCAGUUCAGUAUCACCACGCCCCUGCCCCUGCCCCCGCUGCCGUGAUCAAGAGCUACGCCGCCCCUGCCCCCGCCUAUGUGGCCCCCACCUACGCUGCCCCUGCCUACACAGCCCCUGCUUACACCGCCCCUGCCUACACCACCCACCAGGCCGAGCAGCCACAGGAGCAGGAUCACCAGCAGCACCACUACGCCAGCUACGAGUCCCCCGCCCACUCGCAGGCCGCCCACGAAGGUCACGAGUACUACCACCACCAGUAAGGGUUUGGCCACCACAGAUCACCUGACUAGCGAAAGUAUUAUCCCGCAUACAUCCCAUUAUGAGAACUCAUUUAGCUCGUUAGCCUAGUUCCGUUGUUUAGUUGUAACCCCAAUGUAAAUAUGUUCAAUAAAAUAUC